UCUACUUAUAUUAAGCCCUCGAUUAAGCCAUGUUAAUAUGUCUGAGCAGAGCUGAGGAUGUUAUGUAUCCAGUUUCGAUUUAUAAGUUAAAGAUGCUAAAGACGUGUCUCUUUCAAUGUUGUAUUAUUUCUCUGGUGAUAACAUCGACAUUAGCUACAGGAACUAUUGCUCGUGUCAAACGAUGUCCAACACGAGCAGAACGAAGCAAGUUUGUUUCACAACAAAAGUGUAAACCACCUGAAGUAUAUCACUGUUUGAUAGACGAUGAAGACAAAUUUGUUGAAACGUGCAAUGAAUUUAUUCAACUACCACCAGGUAAUUACCCACGGUACACAUCAUUUUCAGAAAGAAUAUACUAUGAUCCAUGUCCACAUUCAAGAUUCCAACCCUGGCCCGUCAAAUCUUAUGAAAUAACGGAAUGUGAAGUUGAGAAGUCAUCGUGUACUGGGAUCGGACAAGUUCCAUGUUCUGAUGGUAGUAUUACAGAAGAUUCUACGUGUAGCUGUGAUUACAAAAAUGGAUAUGUAAUGACUGGGCCUGACAAAUGUUGUUCACCAGCAGGCGAUGAUGAUUGUUUCUGUAAAUAUCAUCCAUGUCAAAGUGAUUUACAAGAACUCGACUCUGAUUACAAGUGUGUGGAUAAGUGCAAUCCUGGUUAUUAUAGACCUCUUGGACAAAAUAGUUGUGAAGACAUACAAAAUUCAAGUUAUACAUCAGAUACAACAGCAACAAUUGAUAAUAUGACAACUACUACGUCAUUUUCCGUACCAGGGAAAGACGGUCAAACGAGUUUAAGAAAGUCUGUUUUAGUAGUCAUUGUGACAGGUUUCGUGGUUUGCCCAACGGUUUUGUUAGUCAUUGUAAUAUGGGGCGAAGUUUGGAGACCUUACAAAUAUAAGCUGAUACCGUUACUGAUGCUUUUUGCUUGGCUGUUGUCAAGUUUUGUUAUUGUCACUAUACUUGUGGAAUAUGGUGUGUUUACUAUAGCAGCUAAAAUCGGUACUACCAUGUUAGUGAUUUCUGUAGUUCUGGGUACUGUAUACGUGGUGUAUAUAUUUUCUACACAUGAAAUAGUAAAGCCUCGACUUACCUAUGAUGAGUAUUACGAGGUACUGAUUUAUAAAUUACUUAAAGCUGCUUCUCAAGGCGACCUUAAAAUGUUGAAAAGAUUCGCUAAUCAAAGAUACAUUGAUAUGUACGAUACAGAUUACGACAACAGAAGUGCAUUGCAUUUAGCUGCAUGUCAAGGGCAUUAUAAAGCCGUGGAAUACCUUUUAAAUAGCAAUGCUGGCUAUCCCAAAGGAAUUGACAGGUGCAUAGGUUUUACAGCUGCCGACGAUGCAGAUUGGCAUUUGAAACGAGAGAAAAACAUAGAACGUAGAAAUGAUUUUGAAAGAAUAAUUGGGGAUUUAAAAAACCAUAAAAGUUCACAGAAAGUUAAGCAUCACUUUAGAGACACUAUUGCUCUAAAAUUGAUCAAAGCUGCUGAAAAUGGAGACGUUGAAGAUUUGAAAAGCCUGCAUAAUUUGGACACGGACAUGAACUUAUCAGAUUCUGAUGGUCGAACAGCAUUACACGCCGCCACAGAAAAGAAGCAAGAAGCAGUGAUAAACUUCCUAAUUGACCAAUGCAAUGUUUCUCCAUUUGUAAGAUGGAGGGACCAACGACCAGUUGAGCUAAUCAAAGACGGACAAGACAACCAGAAGUUAAAAGACAUGUUGAGUAAAUAUAUGGAACAACAGUUAAAUCCAGAGUCUACGGUAACUCAUAAUCAAAGUGAAGACGAGGAUUUUAAGAUCGUUAGAAUAUUGAACAGUGCAUCACGUGGAGACAUUCGUCGAAUGAAAGCGUACAAAGCAGAACAUAUGACAGUUUCAGAUUAUGACAAAAGAACCGCGCUACACAUAGCAGUGAGUAAUAACCAGGAACAUAUUGUUGAGUACCUACUGAAAGAUUGUGGAAUGACAGAGGAAGUACAAAAAGCUGAGGAUAGGUGGAAAAGAACACCGUUGAUGGUCGCUAAGGAAAAAGGAAGAGGCAAGAUAUUCAAACUUUUCCUGACGUAUUGUCCGAAUUUAACAAACACAGAGAAUGAUGAAUAUAAAACAUUUAGCUUAUUGAUGGCUGGUAACAACGGCGACGUAGAAACACUUAAAAGGUUAUAUGACAGUGGUGUGAGCAUGAAUAUGCAGGAUUAUGAUGGUAGAACAGCACUUCAUUUAGCUGUAGAUGAAUGGAAGGAAGAUGCUAUGAACUUUUUAAUUGCCACAUGCAACUGCAACAGAAACAUAACUGAUCGAUAUGGACAUACAGCAGACAUUAGUAUGAAUAAGAAUGAGGAACGUCUGAAAAAAUUUGAAGAAAAGUACAUGAAAACAGAGGAGCCAGCAACUGUGAAACGCCAGUCAUCUGACGAAAAUGAAACAAAUGAUGUAAAAAGAAAAAUAAACAGAGUGAAUUUUAUGAACCGAAUAGUAGCUUCAUCAAAGAGUAAAUCAACUAAAAGUUUGACUCCAAAAGUAAAGCAACAAGUGGCACCGCCACAGGUAACAGACCGGGCAAAUUUGUACUUAUUAUUUGAAGCGGCGGCAAUAGGUGAUUUGGAAAGUAUUAAAAAAUCUGAGUAUCCGUAUUUUGACGUUGGAGAUUAUAUGAAGAAUACACCCCUCCAUGUAGCAGCUUCAGCAGGGCAUUUGUAUGUUGUGAAGCAUCUUAUAGAAGAAUGCAAAGUUUCUCCAUUUAUAAGAGACAAGGCGAUGAAAAGACCUGUUGACGUGGUUAAAGAUCAAUUGGCAUUAUUGGUAAAAGAUGCUGGAACUAAUGAAAACUUGGCUCAAAGACGACAUUUUUCUAUGGUCAAUAGUUAUUUGGAUGUCAAAAUGGAGAAUAUGAUUACAUCUACAGAUAAGGAUAACAACUCCUCAUUUACAAAAUAUGAAGCGAAUGUUCAAAUUUUCAUGCUUUUGAAUAAGACCUAUAAAGGAGAUAUAAGAUCUGUCAGAGGGUAUGUCGACAGUGAUAAAUCUAUAAUAAACAAAACAGAUUAUGAUAAAAGAACGGCAUUACAUAUAGCUGUUGCAGAAAAGCAUGAACAUCUUGUUAUCUAUUUUCUGGAGGAACUAAAAGAUAUCAUCAAUACUGAUAUUAAAGACAGAUGGGAGAACACUGCAUUGGAAAAUGUUGGGGAAAAUGAAGAAAUUUUGGAGAUAUUCAAAAAGAAUGGAUAUAAAGUGGAUGCGAAUACUUGAUUAAUAAUGAAUGAUGACACUAAUAAAUUUGAUAUGUAGUGUCAGUCAUAUGGUACCCUAAAUGGCAGAGGCAUGUUUACCCUUUUACUUUUGUUUCUGUAGAAAAACUCAGAAAGCUAGCAUUUUUACACUCUAAAGGACCUUUUUUAAAAAGAGGACAGUUAAAUGAGUCUGUAUUAUUUGUCUGUGACUGCAUAUGUAGACUAAAAAAGGAAAAAUGACAAAAACAAACCUGUGAGUUAGAUGCAGAUGUUACCACAAGACUCAGCACAACAUGAUUAUAAUGUAACUAUUCACAUAUGACAACAGCAAAAUUAACAGUGUUUUGACAUUUUGACAGCAGGAAUUGCUGUUGGUGAUUAAGAUAUAAUAACAUAUAAUCAUAUCCUUGUUUCUCAUUCAGCUUCAUGUAAGUAUGUGAUCAUGUCAGUUAGUUAUGUUAUAACUAUGGGAAAAAUUGUGAGAAACAUGCCAAUUUUGCCCUCUCUGUUAUGCUGCAAAAAUAAUAUUCUUAAUUUAAUUCUGUAGUUUGGUGUAGAGAUAUAUUAAUAUAUUUUAAGGCAUUUAGUUGUACAUUUGAAAUGUAAUUGAUUUAUUAUUUGAACUUUUGUCAAUAUGGAUACGGUCUGUGGACUGCAAGUUAACAUUUCAUUGGCAGUUUUGCAUAUUUUAUUCGGUUGUUUUUUUUUUUGUUUUUUUUUUUUGUAGUUCUAUCAAUGAAUAAAUAAUAAAAUUACGUCAACUAACUUUUGACAUUAUGAUCUGGUGAAACUUCACACAAAGGAAAAGACUAAUGUCGUAUGUUCAUAUAACGUUUUCUAAAUAAGCAACACAACUAUUUAGUAUUUUAUCGCAAAGUUUGUUUUAAAGCGACGCAUUUAGCUGAUUUAAGCAUUUAGUUGUAUAAAAGAAAUAUAGCUGAUUUAGUACAAUCCUUGAACUAUCGAUAAUAUAAUGCAAACAACUGCCCAUUACCUACAAGCUGGCUGCAUUUUUUGGCAUUUUUGCAGAUUUUAGUUCACUAUUUAUUUUUUGUUAUUUUACUCCACGAAACGGAGUAGUGAUAGAACUUAGUUUUUAUCCGUCUGUCAGGUCGUUCAUCGUCAGUCCAUCAGUCUAUUAAGACAUCAGUCAUUUUCGUUUCUGGGUGCUAACUCAAAUACGGAUUUCAACUUUCCUCGGAUGUAUGCUCAUAUAAAUGAGAGGAAGAUCCAUCUCGAUUGUUAAUCCAUGUCAAAGUGAUACUUUCGAAUAAUAGACAGGAACGUGUGCACAAUAGUGGUUUCCACAUGCUAAAUAAAUACUAUAUAUGUGAUUGAAACUUUACUUGUAUAUAUAUAUAUAUAUAUACAUAAACAAGUCUAAAUUGAAAACAACGUUCAAACCUAUGGUUGCGUUGGAUAAAAACCGCAAUUUUUAUACGUGUGCAUGCAAAACAAAUUUCUUGGUAAAGGGGUCUAAAUACAGCAUAAACAACAUUUUCCAAAAGACCAAAAAAGUGACAAAGUAUAUUUUAACAAAACGCAUUUGACUAGCAGGUCGAACAACGGAUGUUCUUAAACCCUGCUGACUGCCAUUGGCGAUUGCCAAAUAAAAUGAUCACCAGAUGUAAAAAAUGGAUCUUAAUUAUAAAUAUUAAUUUAAUAUCAAACAGAAAACAAUAUAUAUAUAUAUAUAUAUAAUAUAUAUAAUCACAUAUAGUGAGAGAAGAUGCCUUUUCUUUUUGAAUUCAAUACCACAAAGGUAAAAGUCAUACGAGUUAUUUUUCAGUCGUUCCAUUGAUUAAUACUCUUGAUUGUGUGAGUUUUAUUGACUUAGCCUUUUUGAAUUUACCUUGUAAGUUCAGUAUUUUUGUUAAUUUUGUCAAUUUUUUCAAACAAGUAUAGACUGCAACUUGUGCAGAAAAAAGGUUUCGUGGUGCUAAAUUAAAGCAAAAAAAAAGUCGUAAUGUAAGAUAAGCAGAAAAAACCUACUAAUUAAAUCACUCAAAGCUUUUCUCUUUUGAAUAAAGGUGCCGUGGGGUAUGUGGGCUUUUUAUGUCCUAUAAUGUCAUACAGCUCUUCACAUGAGUAGGUACUUAUACAUUCUUGGCUUUCAAUUUCUCUGGUUUGAGCGUUCUUGAUGAAGGUAAAUUCAAAAAAGCGCUUCGGACACACGAAAUUUAUAAUGUUUCACAACUCAAUGAUUUAAUUCUUGUAUUUUAUAAUCUAAGUUACCGAUUCGAUUCAGUAUAUGUAGUAUUGGUUACAUAAUUGUGACAUGUUCUCCUCUUAAACAAUUCUGUUGUCUAAAAAUUGUAUUCGGUGAUUCGAUUCAUCAUCAAACAUGACUGAUGUUACUAAAAAUAGAACAUAGGGGGUAAAAUGCAGUUUACAUGGGCUAACAUCUCAAAAACUAAAACGGUAAGAACAAAACCUGUUUUUGCUUAAAAUUUUAAGUAAUAGCGACUUUUAACUCUAAAAUUAAAGCAGUAAGAGCGAACCUGACGAGGUUAAAUGAUCAGCAGAUUCAGUCUAUCUCCUAUAGAAUUUUCAGAAAAAUUGAUUUUGAAGUUAUGCCACUGAAAUGUAAGUUUUUAAUAAUUCAUAAUUUUGGUCAAAUCUCAAAAACUUAUACAGGCAUAGCAAAACUGACAUGAGUAAUUUAUAAGCAGGUUAUGGUCAUUGUCGUCUCUUUUACACAAUUGAUUUUAAUGUUUAUUUAUCAUAUGUAAGAAAAUAAGUUUGAGCCAAGGCUCCGUGUUGAAGACCGUACUUUGACAUAUAAUGGUUUACUUUUAUAAAUUUUGACUUGGAUGGAGAGUUGUCUCAUUGGCACUCAUACCACAUCUUAUUAUAUCUAUUUAGUCAUUUUAUGUGUAUAUUACCAUUUAUAUUUGUCAGACAAUAAAAGAAUUAGUGUCUUUUAA